AGUCGCCAUGCCCCUUCUUCAGAAUGGGGACCCCACCUUGCGGGUCUACUUCCAGAAGUACUCCAUUCCGGACAUCUACGAGGCCUUGUUAGGUGGUUUAUUAGUUAUGUGUCCAGAAGAUCCCCUCAGAUUUUUAGAAGAAAAAAUCAAAGAAAUUAUGGAAAAAGGUUUAUAUGGUAUUAUAUGGAACAUGUGUAUCGAUCCAGAGUUGAGUCUGAAGCUACGGGUCCUUUCAGAGACAUAUUUACACACACUUUUAGGCCUUGAUGAUGACCAGCUGAUGACCACAGAGUUAUGUGAUAAAGCGUGGGACUGUUAUAGCACUAAUUUAAAGAGAAAGUGCUUUGAUGCCUGGAUCCAUUAUUGCGGAGAGAAGAAAGCGGCAGAAGAACUCCUGCAGAAAAAGUUGGCGGCUGCAAGACAUUAUUACGACUGCAGACUCCUAAAAUUAGCCAUGAGGAAGUGGCACGAAUGGAUGAAUUCCCAGAAGGAAGUGCACAAACGGGCAGUGAAAUGUCUAGAAAAAAUUUUCGACAAAGUUUUGAAGAAAGCGGUGUUUAAGGCCUGGCGAAAAUGUCUUAUUGUAAGCAAAAAGCCUAAAAAAUCUUUUGAGCCUGUAUUGGAAGCCGAGGAAUUUGUUUUUGUUCAACCUGAAGCCCGCGAACGGCGACAUUCGGACAGACGUCGCUCCUCUGCCCUGUCUAAGAAUCAAUUUGAAGACUUGCCAGCGUUCCAUGUGAAAUCAGGCAGAGAAUAUUUCACUAAGAUGCCGAUGCAACCAUUAGCCCAGGUGUUCCGGUAUUUAAACCUAGUUGACCUGGCCAGGUGCGCCCAAGUCUGCCAAACCUGGAAGGCCAUGACACAAAUGGUUAUGGUAUGGAGUAGUAUUGAUUUUUCUGCAGUGAAGGACCUUAUAAAUGAUCGUGUGGCACAACGCAUUUUGCAGAAGUGGCACACUAAUGUGGUGCAGUUGGACCUUCAUGGUUGUACUACAUUACAAUGGCUUACUUUUAAAUGUAUAGGUCAGUGUAUGAAUUUACAACAGUUAAAUGUUUCCCAGUAUCAAGGGCUAAAUGAUCAAUUAAUCAGCCACGUAGCAGAAAGUUGUUCAGCUCUCCUUCACUUAGAUUUAUCUCACACGGACAUUUCAAACGGGACGCUUGCGCUGCUGCCCAGAUGCUUUCCCAAUCUACAGUUUUUAAGCCUCGCGCACUGCAGGAAAUUCACAGACAAAGGGUUACACUACCUGGGCAGUGGAAGAGGAUGUCACAAGCUCCUGUAUCUGGAUAUUUCAGGCUGCCUCCAGUUAACGGUGGAAGGCUUCAGGAAUAUCGCGAAGAGCUGCAGCAGGAUCCAGUGCCUGACAAUUAACGAAAUGCUGACUCUUACCGACAGAUGCAUUCAAGCUUUGGUGCCAAAGUGCCCAAGGAUUGAGUCGGUCGAAUUCAAUGAAUCUCCACACGUGUCCGAUGUUGGUCUCCAAGCUCUGGAAAUGUGUAAACUGGUCAAAAUGAAGAUCCAAGGGAGCAAUCGGGUUACAGAUCUCACGUUCCAAAUCAUGAGCAAAUUCUGGCCCCGAAUGAAUCAGAUUUGUGUAGCCAAUUGCCAGAGAAUAACAGAUGUAGCUCUCAAGUUAAUUGUACCGCUGGACCAAAUUGUUAUCCUCAAUCUAUCCGGAUGCACAAGAAUCGGUGAUUCGGGAAUAAAAUCAUUUGUUGACGGUCGUUCAGCUCCCAAAUUAAAAGAACUCAAUUUGGCUAAUUGUUGCCACGUCUCUGACAUUUCCCUCGUGAAAAUAUCUGAAAGGUGCCCGAAUCUCAUUUAUCUGAAUUUGCAUAAUUGCCAACUUGUGACAGAUACGGGGAUGCAGGCUAUGACAGCGAUGGCUUCGUUAGCCUAUCUCAAUAUUUCACGGAUAGGCAUCACUGAUCAGGGUUUGGAGAGCCUUGGCAGACAUUUGAAAAUUAAGGAGAUUAUUCUGUCGGAGUGUAGGCUGAUUUCUGACACAGGAAUGAAGGUAUUGUGUACUGAAUUGAAAAAACUAGACUACGUCGAUUUGUCCUUCUGCCGGCACAUAUCAAAUGCUACAUUAAAAAAUUUGUCGUUAAAUUGCCGCAAACUCACCUGUCUCAUUAUGGUGGGUUGUGUCAAGAUCAACGAUUCGGGGAUCCAGUUAAUAGCUUCGGGGUGCAGUUUCCUGCAUUAUCUGGAUAUUUCGGGUUGCAAAAAUGUUACCGACAAAACACUAAAAAACCUGGCCAAAGGCUGCCUGCAACUCCGAAUACUUAAAAUGUUGUACUGCGCAGGCAUUACCCGCCCGGCUGUUUUAAAUUACGCCCCACGGCUCCAGAAAUACGAAUACAACGACGACGAACCGCCUCUGUGGUUUGAUUAUGGCGUCAGCGGCGAUGAAUUGAUGAUGCCGAAGAAACUGAAAAAGCGCCGGUACAGCACGAUGGUGCCGAGACCCAGCAUCGUGGGGAUUUCGGGACAGAAAGACCUGGAACACGCCAAGCUUCCGCUGAUUGAAACCGUAACCGAACAAGCCGUGGAAGAAAGUUUGAUCUCGCCGGGAAGCCUGGCAGAAGAUCCCUAAAAAAAAAGGUGACGAAGAGAGCCUAGGGAUGUUGUUAAUACACCGUCCAUCCAGUACGGAACGCCUACUUGAGUAUCUACUCUGCUGUAGAGAAAGCACCGAAGAUGCUUAUGUUGAAAAGAAAAAUCUUCAACAGGGUCCAGUCCAAGCUGGGAAUAAACAAAAUGGACAACUCCGGGACGCUGCGGGCAUCAUAAAUACGAGCCGGUUGCCAAGAGUCCUUCUAAUCCCGUGACCACGGGGAUGCUGCAACAGUCGUAAGUGUGAAAAACGUUCAUAAGUCGGUGUCUCAGUUAACUCUGAACGGUCACUAAACGAAUGGUUGUUAAGUCGAGAACCCCUUGGGUUCGGUCAAAAGGCAAGUAGACUUUGACCCAUGAAAAUGAAGGUAGCCGUAGCAGUUAUGGCCCUCUAUGUAAACAGCGUUUUUCUCAACAGAGUUAAAACAGUUAUCUGUGGUAGCAGUAUGCAAGUAUUAAACCCUGAAACGGGAUGAUGAUUAAUUUGGUAGCGUUGAAUAGGAGCUUACAGUAAGAGCUAAAGCAAAGCUCUUUGUUUUUUGUUUUUCAGUUUGGGCCCAGUGGCUCUCCAGCUGUAAACAGCUGUUUUCUGGUUGCAAUUAAUUUGUUUUAUGUGCUCGAAAUCUUCCUACCGAAACAUACCCCAAAGCCUAAGUGAAUAUCUAACCAAAAAAAAAAAAAA